GCCACGCCCCCUGCCGCGGGCGGCCCCGCGGUGCCCUUCGCUCCGCGCCGCGGGCGGGGCUGGUGCGGCGCCCGGUGCCCGGUGCCCGGCGGCACCUGCGGUCCCGGCGGCGGGCGGAGAUGGCCCUGCCGGUGCUGCCGCCCCGCCGGCGCCGCGCCCGGCACUGCUACGAGGGCUUCGUGGAGAAGCGGGGGCCGCGGGACGAGGGCUACCGGAGGGUCUGGGCCGGGCUGCGGGGGCUCACGCUCAGCUUCUACGAGGCGCCCCGGGACCCCCAGCCCCUGGAGGCGCUGGAGCUGGGCGAGCUGCUGGCGGUGCAGGCGCAGGGCUCCCGGCUCAGCCUGCGGCUGCCGGGCCAGGAGGUGCUGCUCAAGGCGGAGAGCCCGGAGGCGCAGGAGCUGUGGCGGGGAUUCAUCCUGACCAUGGUGGAGCUGCAGGUGCCCGCGGACCUGGCGCUGCUGCCGGGCCACAUGGUGCAGCUGGCGGAGGCACUGCGCGAGGAGCAGGAGCGUCGGGCGGCCCCCGGCCCCCCCGGCCCCCCCAGGCCCGCCGCGCCGCCGGUGCCCGACUGCUUCUACGAGGUGUCGCGCUCGGAGGCCGAGCGGCUGCUGGAGAGGAGCGCGGGCAGCGGGAACAUGGUGCUGCGCCCCGGCGGGCACGGCCAGGGCCUCUCCGUCACCACGCGCCAGGCGCUGAGCGGCACCGCGCUGGUGAAGCACUACAAGGUGACCCGCGUGGGGCAGGAAUACGUCAUCGACGUGGAGACGCCGCACCGGUGCUCCUCGCUGGCCGAGGUGGUGGCCUACUUCGUGGAGAACAGCAAGGGCAGCCUGCGGCCCCUGGCCAGGGAGUACACGCCGCGGCUCGAGUUCGUGGAGACGGAUGGGGAGAACGGGGAGAGGGUCCGGGCGGUGUGCAAGCCCCCCUGCCCGCCCGCGGCCCCCCGGGGAGCCACCACGGCCCCCCGGGGUGCCCCCGCGUCCCAGCCCCGCCAGCCACCAGCCUCCACUCUGCACGCCGCCGCCAGGGCCCGCGUCCCCGUGCCGCGGCCGGCCUCGAGCCCUGGCCCCCCCGCGCCGCGGCUCCCGGGGGCACCCGCCCGGACCCCGCCGGCCGAGCCGACCUACAUGAACGAGCAGGGUGCUGGAGCCCCCCAGAGCUCAGCCCCCCGCGUUGCCCCCCGCCCUGCCCUGCCGCACCCGCAGGACGGCUCCGCAGGCAUGGUGGAGGAGCUUGCCAAGAAGCUGCAGGCGCGACGAGCUCUCGUCGGCGACUGAUGGGUGCUGCGGGGGCCCGUGGGUGCCCCGUGCCGGGCACAGACCCCCCCCCCGCAGCAGCCUUGGUGCUGAGGGGGGGCCUGGGUGACCCCCCCGAGAGUGACCAGCCACGUGUGGGGCCACCAGCGCCCACC